AUGGAAAACGGUUCAGGCCCGGAAGGGCAGGAAAGGUCGCGCAAGUGGUCUCAAGCGCCCGGCAACAUCGAGGAUCUUGACGAGUACACUGCUCUGCAAAAGUACAUCUCCACAUACAGAGAUCCACGCGCUGCCGACUCGGCGGAGAACCAGGCAAAAGAUGGCGCCGACGCGCACAAGGACAAGGCUUGGUGGCAGUUUUGGCGAUCGGGCACCUCAGCUCAAGCUACAGACAAGGAUGCUGGCGUCGUGCCAGAGGAGUGGCUUGAUGCCGACAUCAAGCAAGGUCUCACCAACGCCCAGGUUGAGGAGCGCCGGAGACGCUUCGGCUGGAACGAGAUCACCACCGAGAAGGAGAAUCUCUUCAUCAAGUUCUUGAUGUUCUUCACUGGUCCUAUCCUUUAUGUCAUGGAAGUCGCUGUCGUCCUCGCUGCCGGUCUUCGGGACUGGAUCGAUCUUGGUGUCAUCAUUGGUAUUCUUUUGCUUAACGCCGCCGUCGGCUGGUACCAAGAGAAGCAGGCUGCAGAUGUCGUCGCAAGCUUAAAGGGUGACAUUGCCAUGAAGGCCAUCGCCAUUCGCCAAGGUCAAGAACAAGAUAUCAAGGCUCGCGAGCUCGUUCCUGGUGACAUCGUCAUCAUUGAAGAAGGCCAGACUGUCCCCGCUGAUGCCCGCCUUAUCUGCGACUACGACACCCCCGAAGAUUUCGAGAAGUACAAGGAGUUGAGGGAGCAACAUGCCCUUGACCCCGAGGAAGACCCGGCCGGUUCUGAGGAGAAGGAGGGUGAGGAGGGUGAGGGUGUCGCCCACCAAGGUCACUCUAUCAUCGCGACCGAUCAGUCCGCCAUCACCGGUGAAUCUCUUGCUGUCGACAAGUUCAUGGGCGACGUCGUCUACUACACCACCGGCUGCAAGCGUGGCAAGGCCUACGCUGUUUGCUUGACUUCCGCCAAGUUCUCUUUCGUCGGUCGCACUGCUACUCUCGUCCAGGGUGCUAAAGAUCAAGGUCACUUCAAGGCUAUCAUGAACAGCAUUGGCACUGCGCUUCUCGUUCUCGUCAUGUUCUGGAUUUUGGCUGCCUGGAUUGGUGGCUUCUUCCGUCACCUGAAGAUUGCCACUCCAUCGGAGUCCGACAACAACCUCCUCCACUGGACGCUCAUCCUGUUCAUCAUCGGUGUGCCCGUCGGUCUGCCCGUCGUCACCACGACUACCCUGGCUGUCGGCGCUGCGUACCUCGCCAAGCAGAAGGCCAUUGUCCAGAAGCUUACCGCCAUCGAAUCGCUCGCCGGUGUCGACGUGCUGUGCUCUGACAAGACCGGUACCCUCACUGCCAACCAGCUUUCUAUCCGUGAGCCGUACGUCUCUGAGGGCGAGGAUGUCAACUGGAUGAUGGCUUGCGCCGCUCUCGCCUCCUCCCACAACAUUAAAUCGCUUGACCCGAUCGACAAGGUCACCAUUCUUACCCUCAAGCGCUACCCGAAGGCUCGUGACAUCCUCAAGGACGACUGGAAGACCGAAAAGUUCACGCCCUUCGACCCGGUCUCCAAGCGCAUUACCACUAUCUGCACGCUCCGCGGUGAUCGCUUCACCUGUGCCAAGGGUGCGCCCAAGGCCAUCCUUAAUCUGAGCUCUUGCACCAAGGAGCAAGCCGAUCUCUUCAGGGACAAGGCGACCGAAUUUGCUCGCCGUGGAUUCCGCUCGCUCGGUGUCGCCUAUCAGAAGAACAACGAGCCGUGGGUUCUCCUCGGUAUGCUUUCCAUGUUCGAUCCGCCGCGUGAGGACACCGCUCAGACGAUUGUUGAGGCUCAGCAGCUCGGUGUUCCCGUCAAGAUGCUUACGGGUGACGCCAUCGCCAUCGCCAAGGAGACUUGCAAGAUGCUUGCCCUCGGUACCAAAGUCUACAACUCCCAGAAGCUCAUCCAUGGUGGUCUCUCCGGCAGCACACAGCACGAUCUUGUCGAGCGAGCCGAUGGUUUCGCUGAGGUCUUCCCGGAGCACAAGUACCAGGUCGUGGAAAUGCUCCAGCAGCGUGGCCAUUUGACUGCCAUGACUGGUGAUGGUGUCAACGACGCUCCAUCUCUCAAGAAGGCUGAUUGCGGUAUUGCUGUCGAAGGUGCCUCCGAGGCUGCCCAGGCCGCCGCCGAUAUUGUCUUCCUCGCCCCCGGUCUCAGCACCAUCGUGUUCGCCAUCAAGACUGCCCGUCAAAUCUUCCAGCGCAUGAAGUCCUACAUUCAAUACCGCAUUGCGCUGUGUCUCCACUUGGAGAUUUACUUGGUCUUCUCGAUGAUCGUCAUCCAAGAAACCAUCCGCGCCGACUUGAUUGUCUUCAUCGCCCUCUUUGCCGAUUUGGCCACCGUCGCAAUUGCGUACGACAACGCUCACUCCGAACAGCGUCCGGUCGAGUGGCAGCUGCCGAAGAUCUGGGUGAUCUCCGUGGUUCUCGGUAUCGAACUCGCUAUCGCUACCUGGAUCGUCCGUGGCACCCUCUUCCUGCCGAGCGGCGGUAUUGUCCAGAACUUCGGUAACAUCCAGGAAAUCCUUUUCCUGGAGGUCGCGCUUACGGAGAACUGGCUGAUUUUCGUCACUCGCGGUGCCAACACCCUUCCAUCGUGGCAACUUGUCGGUGCCAUCUUCGUCGUCGACGUGCUUGCCACGCUCUUCUGUAUCUUCGGAUGGCUGUCCGGCGGCAUCACCACCGAGCCCCUCCCCAGCCCCAUGGGUGCUUUCUACCACAGGCAGACUCCUCACGGCUGGACGGACGUUGUCACCGUUGUGGUCGUCUGGGCUUACUCGAUCGGUGUCAUCAUCUUUGUUGCCAUCACCUACUUCCUCCUCAACCAAAUUCCAGGUCUUGCCGAUCUUGGCCGCAAGAACCGCUCGCUCCACGACACGCAAAUGGAGAACAUCAUCGGCCAUCUCAGCAAGCUUGCCAUCAAGCACGAGAACGACGAGCAUGGUGAGAGUAGGUGGGUGAUUGUCGGCAAGUCAUCGGAAGAGGCGGAGGAUGACUAG